AUGAGCCGAGGACGUUUAUUUGUGGAUAUGGCAGUACGUAGCAAUAAGGAAAACUUACCUGCUAACAUAGAAUCUCAUAAUGAUCAAAUCAAACAAAAUAGUCCAGCAAAUGAAACGGUUAAAGACAAUUUACUCAAUUCUAUAUCAGGCAGUUCAGAUACUACAGUUCAGUCUUCUAUGCCUGAAGAGAUAACUUCUUCAAUCUCUAAUAAAAUCAGCAAUCCCAUCGAUGUGGCUAUCCCAAAGUUCAAUAUCUCAUUCUUCACACCGAAAAAGGAUCUUUGCGAUCUAUGUGAAAGCUACAGUAAUUCAGAUGAAAAUGGCAAGCAGAAACUACAAGAAAACUAUGAACAACAUCUUAAAGAAAAAGAAUUAGUAAGGAUAGAAAAGGAUAAUGAUAAAAAAAGAACUGAUGUUAAAGUAGCUGUAUAUGAUCUGCAAGCAGUAAUGCAAGUGCCUAAAGGACAGAAUAUGUCGUAUCAGUCUAGUGUAGCUCAAGAUACUUUGGCUGCAGCUCAGUUAGAAAUGGCCGGCAACCCUAAUGCUCUGGCCCUUCGUCGGCCAUUCGACCCAGUGGCUCAUGACUUAGAAGCGAGUUUUCGAUUAACAAGAUUUGCAGAUCUUAAAGGAAGAAGCUGCAAAGUACCUCAAGAUGUGCUCGGUAAACUUGUGGAAUCGCUCCAACAGGAUUAUUCUCAACAAGAACAAGACCAAUUUAUGCAUGUGGCGAUCCCGCGCAUCGGUAUAGGUUUGGAUUGCUCAGUAACACCACUUCGACAUGGUGGAUUGUGCUUGGUGCAAACAACCGACUUCUUUUAUCCUCUGGUUGAUGACCCGUAUAUGAUGGGGAAAAUUGCCUGUGCCAAUGUUUUGAGUGAUCUAUACGCUAUGGGUGUUACAGAGUGUGACAAUAUGCUGAUGCUACUCGGUGUAUCUACCAAAAUGACGGAAAAAGAACGUGACGUUGUCAUUCCCCUUAUCAUGCGCGGUUUCAAAGAUUCAGCGUUAGAAGCCGGGACUUCAGUUACUGGCGGGCAAACUGUAAUCAAUCCGUGGUGCACGAUUGGUGGGGUUGCUACUACCAUCUGUCAGCCAAAUGAAUAUAUUGUUCCGGAUAAUGCUGUUAUGGGUGAUGUUUUGGUACUAACGAAGCCUCUUGGUACUCAGGUGGCUGUAAAUGCACAUCAGUGGCUUGAUCAACCUGAACGCUGGAAUAGAAUCAAACUUGUGGUUUCUGAAGAGGAUGUACGAAAAGCAUAUCACCGUGCUAUGGAUUCUAUGAGUAGACUCAAUCGUAUUGCUGCUAGACUCAUGCACAAAUACAAUGCUCACGGUUCCACUGAUGUCACAGGUUUCGGCCUACUUGGCCAUGCCCAAAAUCUAGCUUCACAUCAAAAGAACGAAGUAUCCUUUGUUAUUCAUAACUUACCAGUGAUUGCUAAGAUGGCAGCUGUGGCUAAGGCAUGUGGCAAUAUGUUCCAACUACUUCAAGGACAUGCACCCGAGACGUCUGGUGGGUUAUUGAUUUGUCUCCCUCGUGAACAAGCUGCUGCAUAUUGCAAAGACAUUGAGAAGCAAGAAGGCUAUCAGGCUUGGAUCAUUGGAAUUGUGGAGAAGGGUAACCGUACUGCCCGCAUUAUUGACAAACCCCGAGUCAUUGAAGUUCCAGCUAAAGAUUAG